AUGCGUCGCAAAAUCGUCGCAAAGCCAUCGCAAUAUAGUCGCCCUUUUCGCCAUCGCAAGUCCCUCGCAAAAUUGCGAGACGAUGAUGUGGCUAUGCAGCAUGACAGAGCUGAAGAUGUGUCCAACCCGAUCGAAUCCACUGAAAAUAUCGUACAUGUUGAUCCCCAACACAGAGAACUCGAAGACGUCGUUGACGAGUCAACUGAAGAUGGAGAAUCCGAUGAGUUCGCGGAGCCUGCUACUGAUGAUGAUGAAAGGGAGCAUAAUGAAAACUCUUAUGUAUUUGAAAAUGAUGAUGUUGAAAAUGACUUUGAUUAA